AUGGAUUCGAUAGUUAGUCCCAGUGUGGUAAACGCUAUUAACGUCAUGUUAAUAACUUUGCUCCCGUUAUUCAUUUUAUUCGUGAUUUAUGCAAAGUAUAAAUUAAGUUAUUGGAAACGUCAGGGUGUAAAACAAAUACCGAAUAGCGAUUUGGUUUUUGGUGAUUUUAAAGAUGCCAUUUUAUUUCGAACGGGACCAGGUUCGCAUCUGGGAAACAUCUAUCGUGCCGCAAAGGAAGACGCACCGCUUGUUGGAUUUUACAUAUUUCAUAAGCCAUGUAUUAUGCUGAGAGAUCUUACCAUCAUGAAACAAAUUCUCGUCAAGGAUUUUGAGAAUUUUUCAGAUCGACAUUUCGCUGGACGUCCACAGAAAGACAGCAUUGGUAUGAGAAAUCUAUUCGGAGUGAAGAAUCCAGCAUGGAAGUAUCUCAGAUCGAAAAUAACACCUGCCUUAACACCCGGAAAAUUGAAGCAAAUGUUUCCAUUUAUGACCGACGUCGGAAAAAAUAUGAUGGAUUAUCUGAAAGACCAAAAAAGUGAGGAGGAUGGAAGCAAAAUUGUUGAUGGACAGGAAAUAAAUUAUAAAUUUGCCUCUGAUCUUAUAGCGAGUGUUGGUCUUGGAACACCAAUGGAUUCAUUCAAUCAUCCGGAUACUGACUUCGCAAAAUGUAUUUUCGAGUUCUUUCAUGGAUUUAGAAGAAUGGUCGCUCUCGUGUUGGUAUUCUUCAUACCGGAACUAGUAGAAAAAAUCGGAUCCACCAUACUUUUUGAUUCCAAAUUUGUCGGAAAAGUAUUCUGGAAUUCAAUUGAAGAACGCGAGAAGAGUGGCUCAAAAAGAGGCGACUUCAUUGAUUACCUCUUGCAACUAAAAAAUGGAGAACAGAAUCCUAUAUACAAAUUCGAGGGAGAGAAUCUUAUGUUCCAAUCAGGAACUUUUUUCGCGGGUUUCGAGUCUAGUGCGACAACUGCAGCAUUUACACUUAUGGAAUUGGCAAGGAAUGUGGAGUAUCAAGAGCAAGCGAGAAAAGACGUCUUAACGGCUAUUGAUGAAUACGGCUGGGGUUAUGAAGCUAUGAAUCAUAUGAAAUAUUUGGAUCAGUGUAUCGCAGAAGGUGGGAGACUGCAUCCCCCAGUGUCUACCAUUGAUAGAAUUACCAAAGAAGAUUAUCAGGUACCGGGAACUAAUAUCACCCUAAAACAGGGAACACCUAUUUAUAUAUCACUAUAUGGACUGCAGCGAGAUCCGAGAUUUUUCGAAGACCCUGACGUUUACAAUCCCGAUCGUUUUCAAGAGGGACAUCAAAUUUCAGAAGCUUACAUGCCAUUCGGUAUUGGUCCAAGGAUGUGUAUUGGUAUGAAAUUGGGACAAUUACACGUAAAGGUGGUGCUAUCAUUAAUCCUGAAGGACUACGAAAUUUAUCAGAAUCCAAAAAACGAAAGCAUUUUAGAUCCACGAUCAACUUUUACAGCCGCUAUCAAUGGAAUCAUGUUACAUUUUAGAAAAAUCGAGACCAUUCUUGCAAUUAUGGAUCCGACUACCAGUGCUAGUGUCCCGAAUACUAUUAACGUUACGUUGAUAACUUUAUUCCUGUUAUUUAUCUCACUCUGGAUUUAUGCAAAGUACAAAUUGAAUUAUUGGAAGCGUAAGGGUGUGGAACAAAUACCGAAUAGCGAUUUGAUUUUUGGUGAUUUCAAAGAUGCCGUCUUAUUUCGAACGGGGCCAGGGUGGCAUCUGGGAAACAUCUAUCGGGCUGCAAGGAAAGGCGCACCCCUCGUUGGAUUUUACAUAUUUCAUAAACCCUGCAUUCUUUUGAGGGAUCCUGCCAUCAUAAAACAAAUUCUCAUCAAAGAUUUUGAGAAUUUUUCAGAUCGACAUUUCGCAGGACGUUCACAGAAAGAUAGCAUUGGUAUGAGGAAUCUAUUCGGAGUGAAGAAUCCAGCAUGGAAGUAUCUCAGAGCUAAAAUAACACCUACCUUGACACCGGGAAAAUUGAAACAAAUGUUUCCACUUAUGACCGACAUUGGAAAAAAUAUGAUGGAUUAUCUGAAAGAUCAAAAAAUUGAAGGGGAUGAAAGCAAAAUUGUUGAUGCACAGGAACUCAAUUAUAAAUUUGCCACUGAUCUUAUAGCGAGUGUUGCUCUUGGAACGGAGAUGGAUUCGUUUAAUUACCCAGAUGCUGAUUUCUCAAAAUGUGUUACCGAGUUCUUCCAUGGAUUCAAGAGAAUGGUCGCUCUAGUGACGGUAUUCUUCAUGCCGGAACUAGUGGAAAAAAUCGGAUCUAACAUACUUUUUGAUUCAAUUCGAGGGAGAGAAUCUUCUAUUCCAAUCAGGAACGUUCUUCUCGGGGUUCGAGUCCAGUGCGACAAUUGCAGCAUUUACACUUAUGGAAUUGGCGAAGAAUGUGGAGUGUCAGGAGCAGGCGAGAAAAGACAUCGUAAGGGCUAUUGAUGAGCAUGGCUGGAGCUAUAAAGCUAUGACUGAUAUGAACUAUUUGGAUCAGUGUAUCGCUGAAGGUGCAAGACUGCAUCCCCCAGUAUCUACCAUUGACAGAUUUACCAAAGAAGAUUAUCAGAUACCGGGAACUGAUAUUAUCCUAAAACAGGGAACGCCUAUUUAUAUAUCACUAUAUGGACUUCAGCGAGANCCGAAAUUUUUCGAAGAUUCCGAGCUCUUCAAUCCCGAUCGUUUUCAAGAGGGACAGCAAAUUUCAGAAGCUUACAUACCAUUCGGAAUUGGUCCAAGGAUGUGUGUUGGCAUGAAAGUUGGACAAUUACACGUAAAGAUGGUGCUAUCGAUGAUUCUGAAGGACUACGAGGUUUAUCAGGAUCCAAAGAGCGAAAACCAUUUAGAUCCACGAUCAACUUUUACAGCUGCUGCCAAUGGAAUUAUGUUACAUUUUCGAAAAAUCUAGACAUGACACAAGCAAAUUCAA